GCAUUUCUUAAAGUUCACAAGACCGCCAGCUCAACCGUAAUGAACUUAUUCAUGCGUUUCGGAUAUUCCAGAAACUUGACCUUUGUUUUACCUAAAAAUAGCAUCAAUGUCAUCAGUCAAACUGAACGUAUAACUGACGACGAUAUUCAUCCUUUUAUUAAUCAGAGCAAGUUUGACAUUUUAUGUCAUCACAUUGUGUACAAUAAGAGUGUGAUGCAACGUUACUUACACAAAGAUGCGUUCUACGUCAGCAUUAUACGCGAUCCAUUUGAUCAGUUUGUGUCAGCUUUUCAUUAUUUCCGGAAGAUCUGGGGAAUUCCCUAUCUUCAGAACAUCACCGGGGAUUUCCCAAUGUCGGAGCUUCUCCGUCAUCCCCAUCGAUACGAACCAGAACUCUUGCACUCAUUUACAAAUAACAGAAUGGCAUAUGAUCUUGGAUUUCCCACAUCCCUCUUCGACAAUCCGUCUCCCGAGAAAAUAUCAAAGUACAUUUCUCGGUUAGAUUCGACUUUUCACUUUUUUAUGAUUAAAGAAUACUUCGAUGAAUCCGUCGUGUUGCUGAAACAUUUUCUUAACUGGACCAUGAAGGACAUUUUAUAUGUAAGCCAGAACACAAUGAGACAUUACCGGUCAACUCACGAUGUCUUGCCCGGAGACCGAGAGCUUCACCGUCAAAGGGCCCCACUGGAUUAUGCUUUAUACGAGUACUUCCUGGUCCGGUUUUGGGAACUUGUCAAACAACAAGGUGUAGAAUUUCACAGGGAAGUGAUGUAUUUCAAACACCUCCGAGGCUCAGUGGAAACGUUCUGUAGACAUGUAUUUUUAAAAGGAGUUGGUGUUUUCAAAGCGAGUGACAACAAAUGGCAUAGGCCUUUCAAUGUGACUAAAGAAGACUGUUACUUGAUACUGAUGAACGAAAAUGAGUUUUCAUUACUUUUAAAACAAAAACAAUAUCCAUACCUUACACCUACCAGUAGAAACAGAUAUGGACCAAAGCGUUCACGUAAAAAGAAGAUACUACAGCCACACCGUCCAAAUAUAUUUAAAGGCCCAUUUUAG